UUUACGAUAAGUUUAAGCUUGCGUAGCAGCUCACGUAGCAACUACGUAGCAUCUUUAGGUAAAAGAUACAUGACACUAUAGUUGCAGUUAAUGGCAGAUAAAUGGAUUAGACACGUCAUCAAGUGCUUGGAAGAAAUGCCUCACAAAUGCCUUUAUUUUCAUUCAAAAAGCUUGCUGUCUCCAAAGCCUGUCUGGUAAUUCUAAUAUUAACAGUUGUCAUUGGAGACUAUUUGAGCUUUUAUAAAACUUCUGUGACUUGGAAGAUACCUGACAGAGAAGAGGAUGGCUCAUUAUGUGUGCUUGCUGUUUCUGACCCACAGAUUCAGGGUUUUAAUGGUGAGUUACCAAGCAUCCUUGGGUACAUCACAAGGUGGGACGCUGAUCGAUAUCUGAGCCAUGCCUUCGAAGCAGCUGUUAAGUUUGUUAAGCCUGAUGUGAUUAUAUUUUUAGGGGACCUCUUGGAUGAAGGAUUUGAAUCUACGAAUGAAGAAUUCAGUGUAUAUACACAAAGAUUUGAUAGAAUCUUCAAUGUGCCAAAUGAUAUCCACAAGAUUUACCUGGCAGGGGACAAUGACAUUGGUGGCGAAGGUCCUGAUGUUCUGUCAUCACAAACAGUUGGACGAUUCACCAAGCAUUUUGGACCACUGAAUGACAUCAUCAAUAUCAAGUCCUUUCAAUUUGUAAAAAUCAAUACGGUUAGUUUCCUAAGGUUUUCUGUACCAGCAUAUAAGGAAGAGAAAGAGACAUAUAAUGCCACACUUCAGUUCAUUCAUGGAAUAUCAUCACGCAUGAAGGAUGACACCACAACCAUUGUACUUGCACAUGCGCCUUUGCCGAACAUGCCUUCUGAUCUUUACCAUGAGUUCAUUUCUAAAACGAAGCCGAAAAUCUCUCUUGCAGGUCAUUUGCAUAAGCACCUCCAAGUUUACCAUCGAAUUAAAAACCCAGUAGCCACCUUCUGGGAGUACGUCAUACCGACAUGUAGCUAUCGUAUGGGUACCAGGCAAAUAGGUUUUGGGGUAUUAAUUGUUGAAAACAACGCUAAACCAAAGUUAUCAAUUCUCAAGUUACCUGAUCGAUAUUUUUACCUUUUUGGCCAUCUAUUACUGUCUUGUUUCACACUCUUUGUCUUAAUUAUAAGGUUUGCCAGAAGAUUCUUGAUGUCUUUAAUAUGGAAAGCUAUUCGUUUGCUAAAGAAAGUGUUUAGAAAACAUAUUAUGCGAAAAAAUUUAUAGAUUUAAGAAAAUUAUGAAUUUAUAUUUUUGACCAGUUAAAGGUCUAUUUUUUCCAUAAUAAAAAUUGGAUACUUAUAAAGCUGCAUUUCUUGUUGAAAAAUCCAUGAUAUAUUGCAU